AUGUCAAGAUUUUGGGAACGCGGCUCGGCCGCGUACACGGAUGUUCAUCUUCUCAUUUAUCUUCUUCUACUCACUGGGUUUCUCAUCAACGAUACGUACGCUCAGAAGAGUUUAGAAUUUUAUGAUCUUCUACCAGAAGACCCGAAAUUGUAUGACAAAAUGAGACCGCCUAAAAAAGAUGGACAAGCGACUACGGUUUUUUUUCAUGUUACUGUUAUGGGUCUAGAUUCUAUUGAUGAAACUUCGAUGACUUAUGCUGCUGAUAUUUUUUUCGCUCAAACAUGGAAAGAUAAUAGACUGCGACUUCCUGAGAACAUGACUUCUGAAUACAGAUUACUAGAAGUUGACUGGCUGAAAAAAAUGUGGAGGCCUGAUUCGUUCUUCAAAAAUGCUAAAUCGGUAACUUUUCAGACUAUGACCAUACCCAAUCAUUAUUUGUGGCUUUACAAAGACAAGACUAUUUUGUAUAUGGUCAAGCUAACGCUAAAGUUAUCAUGUGCCAUGAAUUUUUUAAUUUAUCCCCAUGAUACUCAAGAAUGUAAGCUUCAAAUGGAGAGUUUGUCGCACACAACGGAUGAAAUGAUCUUCCAGUGGGAUCCAGACGUGCCCCUAGUUGUUGAUGAGAACAUUGAGCUACCACAAUUGCAGCUAGUUAAGAACUAUACUGCAGACUGCACUCAAGUUUACUCAACGGGUAAUUUCACGUGUCUUGAAGUAAUAUUUGUGUUGAAACGACGACUCGGAUACUAUUUGUUCCACACAUACGUACCUACGUGUUUGAUUGUCAUCAUGUCGUGGGUGUCAUUUUGGAUAAAACCAGAGGCCGCACCAGCUCGAGUUACUCUUGGCGUGACAUCUCUGCUGACAUUAUCAACGCAGCAUGCAAAAAGUCAAGCGUCUUUGCCUCCUGUUUCGUAUCUAAAAGCGGUGGAUGCUUUCAUGUCUGUUUGCACGAUAUUCGUGUUCAUGGCACUUAUGGAGUAUUGUUUAGUGAACAUUGUGCUGGGUGAUAAUGAUGCUCCCUCAGCACCUAAACCACCUCCCCCGCCUCCGGCCACCACGUCAACCAGCACUGGUGAUACUAAGCUUGAUAAAAUAUUUGAUAUUGCUUCUAAGGAGAACGCAAUGUUAUUAUCGGGUCGGUCACAGAAGUCUGCAAAUUUAGCACCACCACCAGGUCUUACGCCUGCUCAAAAAGCAAGAUUGCGAGCCCUGAACAUUGAUCGAACCUCAAGAGUAUUUUUCCCAGCUGUCUUUGCUUUACUUAACAUCACUUACUGGAUAAUUUUCGCUAAAUACAUCUAG